AUGGAGAAUCAGAUAUUGCUCGAUAUAAGAUCGGUUAUAGAUGGUGGACUUGUGUUUAGACCAUUAAUACCUCCAGCUGCAGGUGAGAAUAACUGUAUUUGUUAUGACCACUAUAAGGGAAUCCAAACCAGUCCUAUGCAGUCAAAAAACUUGCCAGAUUGCUUAAAUGAAUCUUCCAGCAGUAUUUGUGGCUUACCUCAGACUAAUGCUUCUGUCUAUGAUGAAAUAGCUGAGGUAAGAGAGGCAAUUAAAAAGGUUAUUGAGAAUUACCAAGACACAACAAUUUUUUACAGUUCAAAUGUUGGCAAAUCUGGCUGCAAGUUAUUAGCAUUGCAUGGUGUAGUGGAGGAACCCAGAUGUUUACACAGAAAUGAUUCUAACCCUGUGGUAAUCUGUCAGUUGGAAGGAGGUACUCAAAUACUCUGCAUAAACAAUUGUGCCACACAGGAACUAAAACCAGUUUAUGUAUUGCCCCAGUAUCAAGACCAACAUAAUUAUCUUCAAUCUGAUGUGGGCAACCCUGUAACAGCUGUACUGGGGCAGUAUUUGCCUGUUUCAGGUAAACUGGAUCUCAAUGAGCAAGAGUUUGAACAUGGAUCCUUACAAUCGGUAGCUAGCACUGCCACGUUCCAGCCAGAAUCAAACCUGCAAGUGAAAGUGCCUUCAGCUGGCCUACCUUCUCAUUCAGGGUUUACAAAGUCUAAGAAACCAUGUAACUGCACAAAAUCUCAGUGUCUUAAAUUAUAUUGUGAUUGCUUUGCCAAUGGUGAUUUUUGCUGCAAUUGCAACUGCAAUAAUUGUUACAACAAUCCACUUCAUGAAACUGAACGAUUUAAAGCCAUUAAGGUUUGUCUCGAUAGAAACCCAGAAGCUUUCCUACCAAAGAUUGGGCAAACAAAACUGGGAGAAGUUAAACCUCACCAUAACAAAGGAUGCAAUUGCAGGCGUUCAGGAUGUCUCAAGAAUUAUUGUGAGUGCUUUGAGGCUAAAAUUAUGUGUUCCUCUAUUUGUAAAUGCAUUGGUUGCAAAAAUUAUGAAGAAAGUCCAGAUAAAAAAACACAGCUGACUGCGCUAAACUACAUGGACAUAGGAAGUAAUGAAGGAAAUAACCCAGUUUUAACAUCAGCAUUGGAAAUAUUACCAAAAUUGGAGAAAGACAGGCUGAGAUGUCUAUCUUGGGAAGAAGUGAAAGCAACAUGUACUUGUCUCCUGGUGCAAGCUGAAGAGGCAGAAAAACGAGGAUACUCUGACUGUCUAGGUGAACGCAUGAUCAUGGAGGAAUUUGGGAGGUGUUUAUCCCAGAUUUUACAUGCAUAAUUAAAAUCUGCAAGACUGAAGGUUUUCAAUAAUUUUCCAUGUAUUAUAAAGCCAAAGAGAAUUAAUAUGGAUAUAUUGUCAGUCUCCACAAUUCUGCUGCUUAAUGAUCUUACCUUGAUCUUUCAUAGGACUAAUUUCAUUGACUUCUCAUGAAUUCUUUCUGGGUUAUGCUGGUGUAAGUGAAAUCCAUGUAAUAUCCAGCAUUUUUUCAAGUAACUUAAUACAAAAGAAAGCUUACUACAUUUUCUACUAAAAAAGAUUGUCUCUGUACUUAUGAUUUUCUGAAGAAUUGGCCCAGUCUUUUCCCAGACUCUAAUUAAAAGUAAGUUUAACUUAAAAUGACUUUGGAUGUUUGUGAGUAGACAUCCAGUAAAAACUGAGUAAAAAUUUCCUAUCUUAUUUUGGUUAUUAUGUGAAUGGUGAAGCAAUUUAAUUUCCAGUGGUAGUAGGUAAAUCUGCUGCGUUUAGCUUUGGAUCUUCUCUGGUUUGGCAACUUAUUUCUCCUGUCUGCUGAUGUACUAUUUUUGGAAAAGGGAGCAACAUUGUCAAUUGGUUUGGUAUUCAUUGCUGGAAAAAAACAUCUAAAACAAUACCAGCAUCCUUUUCUCAGUGCCACCCUCCCUCCUCCCCGCUCAUCUCCUACUCCCGCCCCCUAACUUUUUUCCAACAGUAGCUUUAGUAGACAUAGAGCCUGUCUAAUAAAAAGUAGGAAUUUGACAUCCUUUUUUCUCCUAUCUUAAAGUACAAGAGUAUGUGACAGAAAAAUCUUUUAUGAAUCUUUUAAGAUUAUGAAAUCUUAUGAAAAGAUUUUAUGAAUCUUUUAUAUAGAAUUAAAAUUUGCUGAAACCUAGAUUUGCAAUCCAGUUUCCCUAAAAGUUUGGAAUAACUUUUGUUUUUUUUUAUUUAUUUUUGGUAUGUUUAAAAUCUAAAAUGCUACACACUCAGUAUGUAUAAAAACUAAAAUGUGUAAAAUUUUCACAUCUUCUCUGUGAUAUGUUUUCUGCUUCUCAUUCUCACUGUUGUUCAAUUUUAUUUUCUCCAGCAGGAGUAAGCUAUUUGCUGCCGUAUUGUUAUCUAAAUGAUUUGACAGAAUAUAUAAAAAAUAACGCUGUUUGGUUUUAGAUGUAUUUAUGCUAGGUUAAUAA